UCCUUGGAUACAGGUGCUUGAUGUUCUGAGUGAAUGCAAAACGCGGUUUCCCAAAAUAUUCACUAAUCGUUCUACAUAACCGUCAAGAUACCACGAAAAAAGGAAUCCUACAUCCGCGUCCGUAGCGGAAAGAUGAGUACGGAGGAUGCAAAAACCUACUUGUCAAAGCGAGAGAUUCCUCGCUUGUUUGAGAGUUUGAUGACUGGUCUGAUGUACCACAGACCAACAGAUCACAUCGCUUAUCUGAUAGACUGUCUAGCUAAGGUCAAGGACAAAGGUCAAGAAAACUUGGCAUGGAAUUCAUUUGUGGAAGCAAAGAGAGCAAAGACUCCACUGCCCCCUAUAACUCCAGAUAAUGGAAAACGUCCAAAAUCCAGGUCAAAAACACCAGCAAAAAUAGACUCUGAGAGAAGUAGCACACCAGUGGACAGACAAAGGUCUAUCACACCAAUUGAUAGAAAAGGGUCUGUAACCCCAGUUGAAAGACAAAGGUCUUUAACACCUAUAGAUAGGAAAGGGUCUGUUACCCCAGUUGAUAGUAAAAGGAUUCAGGAAUCACCUGUUCCAUUGGAAGAGAAGAGAGGAACACCACUGCCCCCUAUUACAGAUCCAGUUGAUUCUGCAAAAAUAAAUGACAAAGUCACAUCAGACACAAAGGCUAAAACUGUGGACAAGGACAUUCCUGAUGUUCCCAUUGUAUUUAUCAUGGGAGGUCCUGGUUCAGGAAAACUCACACAAGUAAACAGCUUACUGAAAUUAGCUGAAGGAUGGGUUCAUUUGUCUAUGGGAGAUAUCUUACGGAAUGAGAUCGCACAGAAAGGCAAAGCUGAGGAUAAAUGGAGUAUGAUUGGAGAUCUAGUAUCGAAAGGAGAAAUGGCACCAGAGGAAGUUACAGGAGAACUACUUAUGGAUUCAUUCAAACGACACAAGAAUGCCAAGGGAUUCAUACUAGAAGGGUACCCAAGAGAUAUGGAACAAGUUCAAGAGUAUAUGAAAGUGAUUGGCAAGGUGAAUGCUGUUUUCUAUUUGGAUUGUGAAGAAUAUUAUUGCACACAAAGACUUCUGCACAGAGGACAAAAGACAGACAGGAUUGAUGAUAACUUGGGGGCCAUCUCAAAGAGGAUAACAUUUUUCAAAGAUAAUACAUUACCAGUGGUGAAAUACUAUGAUGACUUGGGUAGAGUGUUUGUGGUAGAUGGUGACAGAGACACAAAAGAGAUUGCAUUUGAAGUAGGAAAUUUGUUCAAAUUCCUUAAAAAGAACAAUUUUGAACUGAAGAAUGCUAAACCAUUGACUGCCCCACCCCCACAGAAGAAACGAGAACGAAGGCCUUCUACACCUAAACAAAAGGACAGUAAAGACAAAAACGACAGUAAAGUUAAACCUGAAGAUGUGAUAGUUCCAUUAGCUACACGACCUCCAACGAUUGAUGUACCAGACACAGGGAGGAAAGAAGGAUUACCUACAUGUCCAAUCAUUUUAAUAGUUGGCGGACCUGGGAGUGGUAAGGGUACACAAUGUAAAAAGGUUCUGGAAAGAUAUAAGGAAGUUGUCCAUCUUUCUAUGGGAGACAUUUUACGUAACCAAAUUGCUACACAAGGAUCAGCUGAUGAGAAAUGGGGUAUGAUUGGUACUUUAGUGCAGAAAGGUGAAAUGGCUCCACAGGAAGUAACAGCCGAACUCCUGAUAGAACAAAUUAAAAAGAACAAAGACGCUGCAGCUUUCAUUGUAGAGGGGUACCCCAGAGAUAAACUACAAAUGGAAGAAUUUAAUAAACAUAUUGGUGGAUUAAAUUUUGCAAUAUUAUUAGACUGUGAAGAAUAUUACAUGCAGAAACGGUUACUGGACCGAGGAAAUGCCAGUGGUCGUAUUGAUGACAACUUAAACGCCAUACAAAGUAGGCUCACAUUCUUCAAGAAUAACACAUUACCCAUAUUAAAACAUUUAGACGACCAAGGAAAACUUGUAGCAAUUGAUGGAGACAGAGACUUAGAUGAAAUAUUCUACAACAUCAGUCAAGUUUUAGAUUUUGCAUUUUUCGGCAGAAAGCCAAAGCCACCAGGAGCUGAAGAAGCUUUAAAGAACGCCAAAGUGGUUUUUGUUGUAGGUGGUCCUGGCAGUGGCAAGGGUACUCAGUGUGAGAGAAUUGUUCAGAAAUAUGGCUAUACUCAUCUGUCAACUGGUAACCUCCUCAGGGCAGAGGUUGCAUCAGGGUCAGAACAAGGGAAGAAACUUACAGAAAUAAUGGAGAAAGGAGAACUUGUACCCUUGGAAACAGUCCUUAUGUUAUUGAAGGAUAAUAUGAUUGCCAGAGCUGCCACCAGUCGAGGAUUUCUCAUUGAUGGAUAUCCAAGGCAAAUGGAACAGGGAGUCAGAUUUGAAGAUGAGGUUAAAGAAAGUGACUUUCUAUUGUACUUAAGUGUUUCCGAUGAGACUAUGACCUCUAGACUUCUGGGAAGAGCACAAACAAGUGGACGGGUUGAUGAUAAUGAAGAAACAAUUAAAAAAAGACUGAAGACUUUCCGUGAUAAUAAUAAUGCUGUUAUUGAAUACUACAGCAAGGAAAAUAAAGUGGAAAGGAUUUCGGCAGAAAAUUCAGUAGAUGAAGUUUUUGCUGAGGUUGUGAGAGCAUUUGAGGAUAGAGGGAUUACAGCAGUGCAAGAUAAACGUCCAAAAGUAAAGUUUGUUUUGACUUCCAAGCAGAAAGAGAAGUCCACAGGUGGAUUAAAGGAUGCUAAAGUUCUAUUCGUUAUUGGUGGCCCAGGAAGUGGUAAAGGUACACAAUGUGCAAAGAUUGUUGAGAAGUAUGGCUUCUGUCACUUGUCUUCAGGAGAUUUACUCCGAGCUGAGGUCCAGUCAGAAUCUGACCGAGGAAAGCGUCUUAAUGAAAUAAUGGAGAAAGGUGAACUGGUUCCCUUAGAUGAGGUAUUAGCUUUACUCAGAGAUGCUAUGGAGAAAAAAGUCUCAGAAGGAGUUAAAUGUUUCCUCAUUGAUGGAUAUCCUAGAGAAUUGGAACAAGGAGAAAGAUUUGAAAAAGAGGUGGCAGGGUGUACUGGUGUACUGUAUUUUGAAGUAUCAGACGACACUAUGACACAAAGAUUGUUGGAACGUGGAAAGACAAGUGGCCGUGUAGAUGAUAAUGAAGAGACAAUUAAAAAACGUUUAGAAACCUUCCAUAACCAAACAAAACCAUUGAUUGAUCAUUAUAAAGAUAAAAGUAACAUAAUUAAAGCGGAAGGAACAGUAGAUGAAAUUUUCACAGAAGUUCAGAAAUACAUGGACUCUAAAAAAUGGUAGACAUAUUAAAUUCUGCUCAUUAAUGUUAAAGUUCAUUUCAUAAGAAGGGAAGUAGAUAAAGAAAAAGUUAUAUGUUAUAACUGGCAUUACAAAUGUAAAACUAAGACUGGCUAGAUACAUUAUACAGUGAAACCAAAGGAAAUGAAGAUUUUGCUCAGAAUAGACAGGUUAUCAGUUUAAGCUGGUUCAAUAACUAUAUGAUAUUAAUUGGUUUUCCUGGUUGUCAAUUCCAUAUAGACAGGUUCAAAUUUAAAGGGAAUUCAGUUCAGUCAGGUUACCAGUACACUACAUUGCAUUAAUGUAACAGUUGAAAUCAACUGUUGGUAUUCGGUAUGUUUUUACAGUGUAAAAUGUUCAUGUGUUCACUAAAUUCAUUGCUUCUGGUUAACUGUAAUGGAAUUUUAUGUAGAGCUAUUUAAAUAUUGUUAUGCAUUGAAAUUAACAUUGUUUAAAUGAAGCAACUCAAUUAAGGUCAAUUACAACAAGAUUUAUCUAAUUUUUGUCUGAAGAAAUUAUGGUGUUAAACCUGAUAUUUUCAAGAUGCAAUAUAAUUGACCAGUUGCAAGAGAUUUGAUGAACAGAUUUAUAACUCAUUCUGUAAAACUUGCUUAUAGAUACUGGUAGUAUUCAAAUUGACAACUGUAAAAUGAUUUUAAGAAAAUUACAGAAAAAUCCAUUUUUUAAAAGCACUAUAUAAGGAGAGAUUUUUGUGCUAGAUAAUUUUUGCUGACUUGCGUAGGAUUCAAAACUAGCACUGUUUUUGGUAGUAUGUUUUUUUUACAUUUUUUUUGUAAAUUGACAUUGCCAUGCUUAUUUUCUUAUAGUUUGAUUUUUCUACAAAAUAAUUACAAAAAAUGCUGCUGCGAAUACGAAAAACCCUGCAUUAAUUCAAUCCAUAAAAAUAAAAUGUUGAUUGCAUCAAUUUAUGCUGUAAUAAUUGUAUGCAAAAAUGCUUCAGACAGACUUGGCAUUGGAAAUCAUAGAGGAUUGUACAGUAGGAGUUUUUUGCAUGGGUUGAUUUAAAUUAGAACUAAAUCUAAUCUUGUGCAAAAUGAAAAACCAAUCAUCAUACAAGACCUUCUUUAGGGUAACUAUAUCACAUGUCUGUAUACAUGUAUUUAAAAAAAAAGAAAAAAAAAGAAAAAAAGGAUUUAUCUUGAAACGUUCUUUUUCAUUAUUUGUUGAAGACUUUUAAUUAACAUUUAACAAGAAAAUAGACCCUUCAUAUGCAUAAAUAUUUUUCAAAAUUAAAAAAAAAGGACAACUUUGAUCAUAAAUGAUAUGUAGAAGAACUAUUUUCUUGAGUUGGAAAAUCAAGCAUUGACUCUAUGCGGCAUAAAAAAAGUUGUAUUGAGUACAACUGUUAUACAAAUAUUACAAGGGUAUAGAUUCUCCCAAACCAUUACUCUCUUAUUAAAUUAAUUUCCAUUUUCAUGUAUUUUUUUAAUUAUUUAAUUUUUCCAUUGCUUUGUUAUUUAUAUAUUUAGUAUUUAUGUCAUAAUUUUCUGUGAUAUUAAAGGGCUUUUUGUUAUUUACUGUUAGAUGUUAGUUUUUACUAUUUAUUGAAAUUUUGACGCUGUCCAGUUAAGCUUGUAUUUAUUUGUACAUAAUAUUGUGUUACUGAGGGGGUAUAAUUUCAUUGAUUUUUGCUUCAGAAGUAAUUUCAUUGGAAUAAAUAAAUGUAACCUUAAGCCGUACGGUGACCUAUAGUUGUUAAUUUCUGUGUCAUUUGGUCUCUUGUGGAGAGUUGUCUCAUUGGCAAUCAUACCACAUGUUCUUUUUUAUAUUAAGUGUUGUCUGACGUGGCAAGAUGGUAUUUAUGUUUAUUCUAAUUGAUAUUCUCAACUUAUUCAGCAGUCAUUUUGUUAGUCUAAUGGAAUGGACUCCUUUCUUUUUUUAACAAAAUAGUCAGAUUGAAUAAAAAAAAAAAUUCUUUUUACUGUGGCAUAUGAAUUUGCCAUUCAAGAAAAUGCUAGAAACAGUUAAAAAUACGCAAAUUAUAUCAUUGACUAUGAAAAAUAGAUUAAUCAAGGGAGAAUGUUUGCUUAGUGUCAAGUGGCAAAUAUUCCAUUACUUAUAUUAUCAUUCAUAUAGCUUUCUUUAAAACUAAAAGAGAUGCUUCUUUGUGAGUUCAAAAUAAGUUUGUAUGGCAUUAUCACUGAAAAAGUUAGUAGUUUUGUAAUAAACUGAACGUUAAUCAAAUCAUAUGGAAUAUUCUUAUAACCAUAAUCACUUUUCAAGUAAAUUGGCCAAAUAUUAACCCCUUUUAACACCUAAUUAUUUAGCUUAAAGAUAGAAUUUGCUUGUUUUAUUAGUUGGUAUCGUAUAUGAUAAUAUUAUCAAAAAUUAUGAUAAAAGAAACAGAUAACAAAAAAGCUAAAAAAAAAAAUUGUUAUCAAUUGCUUUGAACUUUUUUUUAAAGAUAUGUUAUGCUACAUACAAUUAAUAACUUAUAAAUGAAUUUUAAGAGAAUCUUUAAUUUUGCCAGGAUAGUUAACUUUUUCACAUUUUUUUUUCUUCAAUUCAGCGGGUGAAAUUUAGCUAUCAAUCAACUUUUACACUAUUUUUUUUUAUCUCAAGAUAUUCAUGUAGACAAAACCUAGCAGUUGGUAUUUUUUGCCUCCUGUAUUAACAUUGUUUUUUUUUACAAUGUUCAGUAAUAGAGUUGAGAUAUUAAGAAUAAACUUUCAAUUGGUUUACUAGGCAUUAAAGUUGACGUAUAAGUGAUUUUGAAAUCUUUCUGUUGUUAUUUUCUAUAAUUUGAAUCCCAAAGUAUGUAUUUUUGUUUUGUUUAUUUAUUUUAUGUUAAUCUCUGUAUUUGAUAUUGAUCAUUAGAUCUGUAUUUUUGUUUAUCUUUAUUUUUUUGUAUUCUUGCUUUCAAUAUACACUGCCUAAUAAAAGUAUCUUACAGUUAUAUAUAUAAUAUUACAUGAAACAGUCUCAUUUGUUCUUGCUACAGCUGAACUAUUCAAGUGUGGGCUUCAUACAUAAAAGUAAGUUAGCUUGUUUGAUAGGUGAACCAUGAAUUAUUUAAAUACUUUUGUUAAUAUAGUAACAAACGGGUCAAACAUUUUGUUGCCUGUCCAAUUAUUUGAUUGGUUAAAAAUAACUACUAUUUCUCUCAAUGGAUAGCUAACAAGUGUAUUUAUGGUUCACCAAGCACACAGGCAAUCUUUAUUUUGACUAAACUCCAUUGUUCUUUUUACAAACUGAAUUAUAGAUGCUGCAAAAUGAACAAAAUUAUUUUAAUGUUUGAAGAUAUGAUAAUUUGAUAUGUAUUGAUAUGGGUACACGGUUUUCAAAUAUGGUACAUCAUGUAUUUAGUUCUGUUACAACAUAUUUACAGCUUCUGUGUUUUGAAAAUAAGAGGCAUCUUGAUUUCCGUUCAUUCAUAUUAUUAAAUGAAUGAGUAAUGAAGAGGAGUUGAUUUUAACAGCAUCUGAAGUAAAAUGUAUAUAUAUAUUAGUGGCAUUGGUGGCCAAGUGGUUUAAGAAGAUUGUCUACAAUAUCACAAGCCUGUCAACAGAGAGGUGGAGUGCCAACCCCAGAUAUAGCAGGUCCAAUCUAAAUUGACUAGGAUUGGCAGUUGUCCUGCUGAAGGGUAUUGGUUUUCUCCAGACACUCCUACUUCCUCCACCAAUAAAAACCGGUCGCCAUGAUAUAACUAUGAGUACUAAAAAGUAGCCUUAAACACCAACAAUCAAUAUAUAUUUAUUUUUGAAGAGAAUCUUUAUUAUCUCUCUUUUUCUCGAAAGAUAUUACUAUUCAUCAAUAGAAUUUUAUGUUAAAACCAAAUAGAUUUUUUCUGUGAGAUCAAUGCACCGGAACAUGUACAAAGAGAGAAAAAAAAAUUUAGUAAAUGGCACAGUAGGAAAAUGAUCUGGGGAAAAUUUCAUUCCAGAAAAUAUUUUUAGAUAACAUAAGCUUUCUUGUUGCUGCCUAAUGUAAUGUAUCAAAACCCCAAGAAGAUAACCCUUUAAUUUAAGUGUAAAAUUGAAAUUGAAGAUUACAUUUAGUUAAAAGCCAACUUUUACGGUAACCUAGUUAAGAUGUUAGAGCAUCAUAUCUAAACAUGGCUUAUUUGAAAUUGAUGAUCAAUUUAUCUACUUCAUGUUUUUUGUAAUGCCAUUUUUUAUUUUACAGCAAAUGAAAACAUUACUUGUUCAUGAAUAAAACAAUAUUUUAUUGAU